UUAAAAAAAUUUCAACCUCAUGUUCCCGAAUGCAUACGUUAAAAUCACGCGCUGCAAUGUUGCAACAUUAUUUGCAAUUGUUAUUAACUCAAACCGCUAAUCAAUCUUAAUUUAAUCAAUUCUCGUUGAUAAUUUUAAUAAACGAAAACAACCAGACCUCCCAGAACAUAUUACCCUAAUCGAAUUUGUAAUUAAACGUGAUAAAUUUUUGUUAUCUUUCGAUGUGUUAAAACUGGCAACGAGGUUUCAUCUGUCACGUACGAAAAGUUCCGUGUACACAAUGGCCCCAAGUGAGACGAUAUAAAAUUGUUUGUAUUAAAUUGUAAAGAUCAGCCAUAAUUAUGUAGGGGUUUUAACAAGGAAUGUGAGAUGCUCGUCUCGAAAAUUUCAAAUGAUCACGCUGCCGAUACAACAUCAUGCGUUCAAGAAACAACCACGAUGGCCACAACAACAACCAGAACCAUCGUGGACUGGAGAUCACAAUGUGUACCUGAAUGGAGAGAGUUUUUAUGUGGUUGCGGUUCUGCUAUUAUUAAUAUUACAAUUACUUAUCCUAUCAAUAAAUUAAUAUUUCGACAGAUGUUACAUGGAGUUAAAGCUCACAGUGCAUUCCGAGAUUUACGCCAUGAAGGGAUUUAUUUCCUUUAUCGAGGAAUGCUACCACCAAUGCUUCAAAAGUCCUUAUCUUUCUCAAUAAUGUUUGGUGUUUAUGAUGAAGUAAAACGCCCAUUAUCAUAUUUAAACGUAAACAGUUAUAUUGCUCGAACAAUCGCCGGUCUUGUCGCAGGGUCUUUAGAAGCCGUUUUCACUCCAUUUGAACGAAUACAAACUCUUUUACAAGACUCCACGUACCACCUUCAUUUUCGCAACACUUUCGAUGCGGUCAAAGUAAUUGGAAUCAACUAUGGCCUGAAAGAGUAUUACAGAGGUGCACACGCAAUCGUUUUACGAAACGGACCAGCGAAUGCGUGUUUUUUUAUUCUAAGAGAAGAAUUAUCGUGUUAUAUUCCAGCGUAUAGUUCCGAAAUUGUACGGACGUUAUUUCAAUUUAUUUGUGGGGCAUCGAUUGGUGCUGGAGUUUCAUGUUUAUUCUAUCCGCUAAAUGUGGGGAAAGUUAGUUUACAAAGUAAAGUAGGGGGAACGUUUGAUUCGAUUUUUACAACUUUACCGAAGAUAUAUCGCGAACGAGGUUCGAAAUUGAGAUAUGUAUAUAGAGGAGUACACGUAAAUUGUACGAGAUCGUUUAUUAGUUGGGGUGUGAUCAAUGUUGCGUAUGAGAAUAUUAAAAAAUUUGUGUACGAAGAACGACGGAAAUUUUAGAGACGUGUUGUGUAUGAUAUACAUGAUUAUAUAUUUUUUAAUUUAUUUUUUUAGAACAAGAUAUUGUGAUCAACUUAGGAAAUCGAUGAGUCUUUUAUUUUCCAUAAAUAAUUUUUAAGGAUACCUCAA